GGAGCGGCGGGGCCGAGCGCAACGGCGGCGCCAGGCCGCGGCCCCGGCGGCAAGGCGGAAGAGGGGCGACGCGGCCCGGGAGGGAAGCUGUCGCCUUCUCAGAGCGACAGCCCCUCGCCGGGCAUGUCUCCGCCCGGCUGUGGUCCCGGCGAGGCGGCGGCCAACGUUAGGGAGGAGGCGGAGAGGGACCCGCUGGCCGCCGACCUGCGCUGCAGCCUCUUCGCCGCCGCGCUGAUGAGCUACAAGCGGGAUUCGGUGCUCAGGCCCUUCCCGGGUGGCUACGCCAGCGGUGACACCAAGGACUUCGCGGGGCUGCUUGCAGAUACCAACGCUCUACCAAGCUUGAAAGAACUGCUGGAGUCUGUGCCAAAAACAGAAAAAAGGACCUGGGAUUUGUUUAGUUGGAUUUUAUCAUCAAAGGUCUUCGUGAUACAGAGUGCUAAGAAACAAGAGUACAAGAAGAUCCAGGAACUCACAGGGCUGUCUGGGGCCACAGUUCCUGCUCCAGACUACCUCUUUGAGAUUGUGUAUUGCAAUCAAAUGAACACCAAGUUUGCUGAGACCAAGGGAAAGAGGGACCUCAUCUAUGCCUUCCAUGGGAGCCGCCUGGAGAACUUCCAUUCCAUACUUCACAACGGCCUACACUGCCAUUUGAACAGGACAUCCCUGUUUGGUGAAGGUACCUAUCUUACCAGUGACCUGAGCCUGGCUCUCCUUUAUAGUCCUCAUGGCCUUGGAUGGCAGCGAAGUGCAUUGGGCUCUAUCCUGAGCUGUGUAGCUGUUUGUGAGAUCAUCGACCACCCAGAUGUAAAGUGCCAGGUGAAAAAGAAAGAUUCAGAAGAAAUAGACAGAAAAAGAGCAAGAGUAAGAAACAGCGAAGGGGGUGAUGUACCGCAGAAGUACUUUGUUGUCACAAACAAUCAGCUUGUAAGAGUUAAAUACUUGCUGGUGUAUUCACAGAAACAGCAUAGGAGGCCUUCUAGUCAAUUGUCCUGGCUUUCCACCCACCGUUUUGCCAUCAUGAUGAUGCUGUACCUGCUGCUGCUGCUAGUGAUAGGGGCCAGCAACUCGCCCACCGUCGUCUACUACUGGCACAGAAUGUUUGACUCGGAGAGAUGAGCUUGCCCAACGUAAUAAACUCUUCACCACGUGCCUUAAUAACAGCCAAUCUGCAAUGCACUGCAUCUCUUCCAGGGCUCUGGAAAUAAAGGUGCCUGUCACCUAUAUAUUCUCCUCAUGGCAUCUUUCCAUUUAUUCUUAUUCCGGUGUUCCUGUGAUUCGUGAGGAUGCCCAGAUGAGAAGGAUCACAAUGGUGCAGCUUAGCAUGAACCAGUUGUUAAGGGUCCAUGGGAGAAAGUUAUGUAAAAUUAAUGAAAACUAAGUGUGGAAACACUCAGGUGUAACUAUUUUCUGUCAAACUGAGGUCUGUUUGCACAAGUUGGGAAAGAGGACUUCUCUUUACAUCAAGCAAGCAACCUGCAGGGAGUCUGAGCAGUUUGGUUUCAGAAGGUAAACACAGUGAUGUUUAUCAUGUACCAGUGCAGAUGGGAUCACUUUUAGAACUAACUUUGACUUUGGCCAUGAAUUUUUAUAUUUGAGCAUAAUGAUUGUAAGAAAACAACAAGAAAUAAAACAACAAACAAAAUGCAAGAAGUUAAAUGGGUUUUAGUAUGGAUUCUUUCCCCUCUGAAACAUCUGCAGGGUUUGUGCUCUUGUCUGCAGUCACUGUGCAGAUUAGACAAGCUCCAGCCCUUUAGCAUCAAUACUAAGUAGGGGCUAUUCCUAUCAAACUUCUGUCUUCUGCACCAAGAAGAGGGAGGGUGAAGGUUCCUGUUAUGCUGCCACCUGACAGGCUUUUGGGAGUUGGGGCUGCCUAGGUUUGGGAUCUGGUUUGGAAUUUUUUCUUGUAUUGAUUGUUUUCAGCCUCCCUUUACAGGCAAAUGGACUAACCAGCAGUUACGUGCCAAAUAUCUCCUGAAACACUUGGAAAUGGAGUAAAAUGGCAGCAGAACUGGUAGGGUUGUAUUUUAUGCCUGUGAAGGUUCAUAGUUCAGUUAAUUUUGUGUACACUUCACAUGGGCCUCCAUAUGACAACCUGUGCCCAGGUUAUCCUGCCCUUUACUAUGCCCUAGUGAGGCCACAUUUGGAGUGCUGUGUCCAGUUGUGGGAUUCGCAGUUCAAGAGAGACAAGGAACUACUGGAGAGAGUCAGCAGAGGCUACAAAGAUGCUGAGGGGACUGGAGCAUCUCUGUGAGGAGGAAGGGCUGAGAGACCUG